UCCCUUCGGCCCGAGUCGCUGCGGGAGCGUCGCUGUCCCGGACGCUGGACAGCCCAAGGCUGGACCGCGGACAGGCUUGCUGGUCACCAUGACAAUGGAGACAGGCCCUGAUGCUGAGGUGAAGAAAGCACAGGAAGACCCUCCACCCCAACCCCCACAGCAGCUUGAAGCCUCAGCCUCUCAGGCCCCUGCCACCGCAGCCCCCCACGGCCUUGCUGGCCAUCCUGAAGCUAAUUCCAACGAGAAGCAGGGCACCCAGCCUGAUCCCAGGCACACGGAGCAGGGCCUCGACAUGGAGGAAAAGGAUUAUGUCGAGACCGAUGGCCUAUCUGACAGGACAACACCCAGCAAGACCCAGAAAUCUCCCCAGAAGAUCGCCAAGAAAUUUAAGAGUGCCAUUUGCCAUGUGACCUUGCUGGAUGCCUCAGAAUAUGAGUGUGAGGUGGAGAAACAUGGCCGAGGGCAGGUCCUUUUCGACAUGGUCUGCGAACACCUCAACCUCCUGGAGAAGGACUACUUUGGGCUGACCUUCUGUGACCCAGACAGCCAGAAGAACUGGCUGGACCCUUCCAAGGAAAUCAAGAAACAGAUACGUAGUGGCCCCUGGAAUUUUGCCUUUACAGUCAAAUUCUAUCCUCCGGAUCCAGCCCAGCUCACAGAAGACAUCACAAGAUACUACCUGUGCCUGCAGCUGAGGGCAGACAUCAUCACCGGCCGUCUGCCCUGCUCCUUCGUCACACAUGCAUUGCUGGGCUCCUACGCCGUUCAGGCUGAGCUGGGAGACUUUGAUGCCGAGGAACAUGUGGGCAACUAUGUCAGCGAGCUCCGCUUUGCCCCCAACCAGACCAAAGAGCUGGAGGAGAGAAUCAUGGAACUGCAUAAGACUUACAGGGGCAUGACUCCUGGAGAAGCUGAAAUCCACUUCCUUGAGAAUGCCAAGAAGCUGUCCAUGUAUGGAGUCGACCUACAUCAUGCCAAGGACUCAGAAGGUAUUGACAUCAUGCUCGGAGUCUGUGCUAAUGGCCUGCUGAUCUACAGAGACCGUCUACGCAUCAACCGAUUUGCCUGGCCCAAGAUCCUUAAGAUUUCCUAUAAAAGAAGUAAUUUCUAUAUCAAGAUACGUCCAGGGGAGUAUGAGCAGUUUGAGAGUACCAUCGGCUUUAAGCUCCCCAAUCACCGGUCAGCUAAGAGACUUUGGAAGGUCUGCAUUGAGCAUCACACGUUCUUCAGGCUAGUGUCUCCUGAGCCCCCACCCAAAGGCUUCCUGGUGAUGGGCUCCAAGUUCCGCUACAGUGGGAGGACACAGGCACAGACCCGGCAGGCCAGUGCCCUCAUUGACAGGCCUGCACCCUUCUUUGAACGUUCCUCCAGCAAACGGUACACCAUGUCCCGAAGCCUCGAUGGAGCAGAAUUUUCUCGACCAGCCUCCGUCAGUGAGAAUCAUGAUGUGGGGUCAGAGGCUGAGAAAUCUGAAGAAGACAGAGACUAUGGUGGCGGGAGGAGAAAGUCAGAGACAGAGGAAGGAGAGCUCCGUACCCCCACCAAGAUCAAAGAACUGAAGUUCUUAGAUAAACCAGAGGAUGUACUGCUGAAACACCAGGCCAGUAUCAAUGAACUCAAGAGGACACUGAAGGAACCCAAUAGCAAAUUGAUCCAUAGGGAUCGUGACUGGGAACGUGAGCGGAGGCUGCCUUCUUCACCAGCAUCAUCCUCCCCCAAGCAUGAAGAAGGAACCCCUAAAGGGACCCCUGAGAAAACUAAUGAGAGCAAAACUCGGGAACCAGCUCGGGAAGAGAAGGACUUGUCAGGCUCAGCAGCUAAAGUUGCUCCAAAGGAGAAGAGCCGUUCAGCUGGGCCCCAGACUGCCCAGAGAGCGGGGCUGAGGGAGGGCUCAGAAGAGAAAGUCAAACCCCCACGUCCUAAGGCCCCAGAGAGUGACCCAGGAGAUGAGGACCAGGACCAGGAGCGGGACUCAGUCUUCCUGAAAGACAACCACCUAGCCAUCGAACGCAAGUGUUCCAGCAUCACCGUCAGCUCCACAUCCAGCCUGGAGGCAGAGGUGGACUUCACAGUGAUCGGUGACUACCAUGGCACUGCCUUUGAGGACUUCUCCCGUAGUCUGCCUGAACUUGACCGAGAUCGGAGUGACUCAGAGGCCGAGGGGCCAGUAUUCCCACGAGACCUUGACAAGGCAGCCCCCAUCCAGGAUGAAGAGUCUAAGGCAGCGAGUGAAGCCCCAGAACGAGGGAUCUGCCCCACCUCUGACAUGCCCCACUUUGAGCCUGUGAAGACCGAGACAAUGACUGUCAGCAGCAUGGCGAUCAGAAAGAAGAUUGAGCCUGAGGCCGUAUUGCAGGCUAGAGUCAGUACGAUGGAAACAGCCCAGCAGGUGGAUGGGGGAACAACUGGGGGGAAAGAGAUGAUAACAACUUCCCACUCUGUCACCAUGGAAACCACCUGCACUACCAUGGAGAACAGUCUGAAGUCUGGGAAGGGAGCAGCAGUCAUGAUUCCCGGACCGCAGACGGUGGCAACAGAAAUCCGUUCUCUUUCUCCGAUCAUCGGGAAAGAUGUACUCGCCAGUGCCUAUGGGGCCACUGCAGAAACCCUGUCCACUUCCACUACCACCCAUGUUACCAAAACUGUGAAAGGAGGAUUUUCUGAGACCAGGAUAGAGAAACGCAUCAUCAUCACGGGAGAUGAAGAUGUAGAUCAAGACCAGGCGUUGGCUUUGGCCAUCAAGGAGGCCAAACUGCAACACCCAGACAUGCUGGUAACCAAAGCCGUUGUAUACAGAGAAACAGACCCAUCUCCCGAAGAAAGGGACAAGAAGCCACAGGAAUCUUGACCCCUGUGCAAAGAAGUUGGCAUCUCUAUUCAAACCAACUUGGAGAGCAGUUGAGGAGAGGGCCUUCACACUGAAUUCUGAGAUUAGACACAGACAACCCAGCUGCAAUGUUCCGUCCCUGCUGAGAGACUACAAAGGAAGAGCAUAUAUAUGUAUAGAUAUAUAUAGGUAUAUAUAUAUAUAUAUACACACACAUACACACACACACACACACACACACACACACAUACACACAUACACACAGCAAACAGAACACAGCCUUGCACUGCUAUGGAAGUUGCGGGGAAAGAAAUCAAACCAACGGCUAAAGCAAACCAACCAACCACCUACGUUCGCCUUUGCAGACAAAAAAAAAAAAAAUGGAUGGGAUUUUUAAGAAAAAAAAAAGAAAAAGAAGAAAAAAAUGCUACCAUGAUAAAGAGAAAUAAAAGCCAGACCCCUUGUGACAUCGCAGCUGCCCAGCAAGCCACAAGCUCUGCAUAUCCCAUCUCACGAGGACUCGUGUGUGAUCCGCUCCUUCUUUUCCAACAUUCGUCACCCAUGUGUAUGAGGGGGAAUGCUUUGCAACAAAGCAAGCAUCAUAGAAGCUCCGAACAAGAAAAAUGUUUGAAAGAAGGAAAGAAGAUCCCCACUGGCAAAAGGAAGGAGUUCUUUCUCUCUGGGCCUGACACUGGGCUCUGUGGCUAGUAUUCGUACCCCUCUCUCCUCCCUCCCCCAAACUCAUGCUAGUCGUGACGUACUCUCUUGCCACCAUUGCCCCACUCUUUUCCUCUCUCCUCUCCUUGUCGCCCCCUCACCUCCUGUGUUUCACCCAGGGCUGCCCAGGGAAUUGUAAGCGACUCAUCAUUGGAAGCAAAGAAUACUGGAGAGACAAACCUGAAGAGAGGAAAAGUGGACGCUGCGUGUCUGUGGCUUCUUACCACAAUGGGGCAGCCCAUCUGGGGGAAUUCAUACGGAUGUGCUUUUAAGUUAUGUAUAUUAUAUAUAACAGGGAAAAAUAUUAAAAUAAACAGUGCUGGUAAGUAUGAUGCUGAAGUUUUUAAAUUAUAAUUCUUUGGUUGAUGUAUUCUGAGGUUCUUAGAUCACACUGAAAUCCCCCCCUCCCCCACCCAAGAGGCCUAGAGUCUGUGUGCAGGUUCUGUCUCGGUGGCCAAAGGGAUUGGUGUCGUGAAACAAUGUGUGGUGUUCGUCUUUGGUGGGUUGGUGGGUAGUGAGGGGGCAGGUCCUAGGGUGUAGAGGCAGGGGUUUGGCAAGAAGGCAGCAGAGUCAUUGUCCAGAAUGUGCCAGUCAAAAGGCCUCACUAUUCUGUGUCCCCAUCCCCACCUCACACCCUAGCUGAAUUCUAGGGAGGCCUGAUUUUUGCUUUGGGAAUGGAGUAAGAGAACUUGGGGCUUACUUCGCUACCCUGGGACCUCAGACUCCUUCCCUAGGGAUAGGCUGGGGUCUGAACCUCCUUUUAAUGGCUACUUGCCUUUUCCUCACUGACCACAUUCGUGGCUGGCGAUUGGCUCUGAUUCUAAGAGCUUGGUAGGGCUUGUCCUGGCCCUACCUCUCAGUCUUCCUAAAAUUUACAAUCUCCCUCCUCUUUAUGUGCCAAAGGAUGAGCCAGAGUGGCAGCAAGGUCUGGGGGGGACCCAGACCCAGGACAAGAAUUUUCAUGGAUUGUAGAGGACUUUAAAGCUCAAUCUCAGACUCUUGUUCCCAGAGCCCAAAUAUGACCCAGUGACCUUGGACAAUUUAUUUAACUUCUCUGGGCCUCAGUUUUCUGAUCUAUAAAAUGAGAAGGUUGGACUACCCUCUUUAUCUUUAAUUACCCUUCAAGCUCCAAAUUCUAUUAUGAUUCAAGCUGGGAAUAAAAAGAGACCCAGGUCAUUGGCUUCCUGGAAGAGAAUCUGGUCCUCUCUACAUCUGAACUCCAAGCCCAAGAACAAUGGAGCUCCCUAAAAGGUCCACAAUGAGCCUUUGAAGGAGAGCUUCAGUCCUCCUGGACCAUACGCAUCACUACAUCUGGUGUCUAGGCUUUCCAUUGGGUACUGGCUGAGGCUCAGUGGAGUCAGGGCCAGGGCUGGGUGACCCUCUCCAAGUGGGCUGCCACAGGGUAGGGCAUUAGGGGGGAAAUGCCCCCACUGCACUUUAAACAUCUCCCCUCACUCCACUACCCGAACACAUUUAAAUUCUAUUUAUCCACCUUCACAGAAUCUCAGAGCUGGAAAAGAUCUCAGAAGAGAUAGAAUAUUAACCCUGACCUGAAUGGGAACCCCUUCUUCAUCCUCCCUGACAAAUAGGGGUAGUGUGAGAGACAGUGUGGUGCCAUGGCGACUUCCCUUUGAAGUUAUCCAAGUCUGAGUAAAUUCCUCCUAAUCCCAACUCUAGCCAAGAGGUACUGGGUGUGCGUAGUUUCUUAGCUUACUUUAGAUCCCAGGUCUUUACCUCUGCCCUAUCCUCAAGCACUCUAGGUAAGACGAGAUCAGAGCGCUGUAAGGGUCCUUAGGUCCCACAGAGAGGAGGUGUGAAAGAGCCCUUUGUCUGUGGUCCAGACCGCCCCAUUCCCGAGAAAUGACCCUGGCCCAAGCUACCUGUCUCAGGUUUUAAUGACUCCCACAGGUCCUGUGCCUCCCAUGUGUGUGUUCAGUGAUUACUCUUUCUGGAGAGUCUCUAGGGUGUGUGUGAUCACUGGGAGUUCCAGGGUGAGUCCAUUCACUGGAGAACUCCAGACAAUUCCACCUUUUGUCUUCCUUAAAGAGGUGGGAACCGAAGGAGUAGGUCUUUUAGAGGCAGUGAAGCUGUAAGAUAAAGCCAUUGGCUCAUGGCCACCCAUCCCUUCCAUGGAAAACAUUAGGCAUAGACUUUGCCUCUCUCUCCUCCUCCCUCCCUUCACUUCUUUGCUCCUCUUCUCUCUUAGGGGCAGGGGAGGAGUCUAAGGGUCCUACUCUUGGCUCUGCCCCCAACUCACUGUGUCACACUGGGCAAAGAACUUCUUCCUCUCUAAAGCCUUAGGUCCUCAUCCAUGAAAAUUGGAGGGGAGGUGGGGCUGGACCUGGUGACCCUCUGAGACGCCUCCAUUUCUAAGAUUCUGUGAAGUCUUCUGUUUUAUUUCUCUGGAUCCCUUCAGGUUGAGGGUGCGGGAAGUGUCAGUGCCUGUUAAAAAUACCGAAUCCUGCAAGCACAUUCCAAGACUGGCCUGCAAUUGCAUGAACAACGACACUAUAAAUAAAUUAUUUUUUCAGAAGCACCUUUGACCAAUCGACUGCGACAGCCUCCUUCUUAUUCCCUCGCUAAUCCACUGCUCCCUUGUGCCCUCUCCCCUGCCAGUGCUCCGUGCUGUAUGCGUGUGUGCUCUCUGUUCUUGUACUCAAUAAAAGUGAAAUAAAUGUGUUUGAUUCU